AUGAUGUUGGUUUCAAAGAUAACAAGGUGGUUGUUAUUGAAUAAUCAUCAUAAAUUUGUAAAAAAAAGCUGCAAACAAUUGAAGCAGAUUCAUGGGGUCAUACUGGUACAUGGCCUUACUCAUCUUGAAGGACUAAUAAUUCGCAAUCUUACAUUAAUUAUGAAAACCUCAAAUUUUUCUUCUAACAACACACACUAUCUGGAAUUAAUGAUUAAUCAAUUAAAACAACCCUCAGCUGAUAUAGUAUCUAUAAUAUUCGCAAUGCGGUAUUUUUGUAAAUAUAGUAAGUUUCAACAAGCAUUUGAGUUAUAUGUAAAGUUGCAGCAGUAUAUAUCAUCACCAUUUAUAGUUUCAUCUGCUUUGAAAGCAUGUGGGAGGUUAGGUUAUAUAAAUGGUGGGUUUAUGAUACAUGGUCAAGUUUAUAGAUACGGGUUUUUUCCGGGGGAUGUUUAUGUCGAGACUUCCUUGCUCGGGUUUUAUGCGAAAGUUGAUGAUAUGGGGAGUGCGCGGAAGGUGUUUGAUGAAAUGUCUGUGAGAAAUGUGGUGACGUGGAAUACGAUGAUUGAUGGGUAUUUGAGAUGUGGGGAUUUGGAGAUGGCUCAAGGGUUUUUUAGUGGGUUGGUUGAUAAGGAUGUUGUUUCUUGGAAUUCUAUGGUUUCUGGGUAUGCAAGGAGAGGGGAUAUGGAGAAAGCGUUACGUUUGUUUCAAGAAAUGCCGGAGAGGAAUGCGAGUUCUUGGAAUGCUAUGAUUAGUGGUUAUGUGGAGUGUGGGAAGCUGGAUUUGGCGAGGCGUAUUUAUGAUUCGAUGGAUGGAAGAAAUAGUAUAUCUUGUAUUACGAUGAUUGGUGGAUACGCCAAGUGUGGAGAUGUUGAAUCUGCGAGGGAGGUAUUUGGUGAGAUGGGUAAUAAGGAUUAUUUGUUGUAUAACGCAAUGAUUGCGUGUUAUGCUAAGAAUGGCCGGGCUAAAGAAGCACUAUGCUUAUUUGUUGAGAUGGUUCAACCGAAUGUAAACAUUCAACCAGACAAAAUGACAUUAGCUACAGUGAUAUCCGCAUGUUCCCAGCUGGGAGACUUGAGUUUCGGGUCAUGGGUUGAAGAAUUUUACAUGAAACAAAUGGGCAUUACAAUGGAUGAUCAUAUAUGUACAGCCUUAAUUGACUUGUAUGCAAAAUGUGGUUCCAUUGAUAAAGCUUUCAAGUUAUUUCACAAGCUGAACACGAAAGACGUUGUUGCUUAUACAGCUAUGAUCUUGGGCUGCGGCAUCAAUGGAAAAGAACAGAUUGCUAUCAAGUUGUUUAAUGAAAUGAUGGAGUCUAACAUCCGCCCAAACUUGGUCACAUUUUCAGGACUAUUAACAGCGUUAAGUCAUGUUGGUAUGGUCGACGAAAGUUAUCAUUGCUUCAACUCCAUGAAAAGUUAUGGGCUAGUGCCCACACCCGACCACUACAGUCUCAUGGUUGAAAUUCUGGGACGCGCUGGACGGCUAGUGGAAGCACACAACUUGAUAAAGGACAUGCCAAUGCAGCCUCAUGCAGGUGUUUGGGGCGCAUUGCUUCUUGCGUGCAGUACUCAUAACAAUGUCGAGCUGGGUGAAAUUGCAGCCCAACAUUGCUUUAAAUUGGAAGCUGAUUCCAGCGGCUAUGGUUCACUUCUUGCUAAUAUAUAUGCCAGUGUUGGCAGGUGGGAGGAUGCCAAGAGACUAAGAAAGUGUAUACAUGAGAAGGGUUUGGUUAAGGUUCCUGGAAGUAGUUGGAUGGAUAAUUUGCAAGAAUAAUAUACAAGUAUUUGGGUCGGGUCGGGUCAAAUGUAGGCUGGGCCACCACUUAUCUCUUCAUUGUUUCAAAUCUAUGGCCUUAUGGGUUUAAAGUUGUAAACUUGUAAACAUUUAGUGGUUGAUAAGAACAGAAGUAAAGGGUCAAUUUUGUUGGUAGGAUGUAACUUAGAGAGGUUGUAAUUUUGAUGUCCAUAUAAAUGAA